GAAUCAGGAUAAAACACAAUCUUUUAUUAUUCGAAUCUGUUGAUUAUCAUUAAUAAUAAAAUAUAAAAAUUAUACUAUUACGACUAAAUUAGUCGUUUAGUAAGAUUUUGUUACAACCUUCAUAAAAGGCAAAAUGUCUAAAAGAGUAGCAUCAGUCGCUUUUGAAGAAAAUGUAAGAAAACCUUCUAAGGAAGGCAAAAAACAUUCAUUAGAUUCUGACGAAGAAGAUAGCGCAGCAGAAGAAGAAAAGCAAAAUGUUCUUAAUGCGGACGACAUAGAAGGUGAAGAAGAUGGAGUUGCAGGAAUGGAAGGUGAAGUCACUAUAACUCCUUUUAAUAUGAAAGAAGAACUUGAGGAAGGUCAUUUUGAUGCACAAGGACACUACCACUGGAAAAAAGAAAAGGAAAUUCGAGAUGGUUGGUUAGAUAAUAUUGAUUGGGUUAAAAUUAAAGGAAGACCAGAGGAUAAAUAUAAAAUAUUUAAAGACGAUAAAGUAAACAGUAAUUUUGAAGAUUCUGAUUCAGAGGAGGAGGAAACAAAUGAGAAGUAUAAUAUCAUUCAAAAUUAUAAGGAGAUAUUUCAAUUUAUGAAACCACGAGAAAGUAUCGCAAAGUGCUUACAAAGACUGGGUGCUAAUUCUAAAAUCUCUAGUGCUGAACGUUGGAAAAGGAAGAAAGCAGGAAUAGUAGAUGAGAGUAGUAAAACUGUUACCAGAAUUACGGAACUUGCAAAUCAAAUUUUGACUAAAGAGGGUAACAUGGAUAUUUACCAAGAAACUUAUGAAAAUAUAAAUGAUAUAAUUGAAAAAGAUAAGGCCAAGAAUAAAGAUCCCCAAUUAGAUAUGUAUGCAGAUGAUUUUGAUGAAAAAGAAAAACUUAAUAUUGGUGGUACAUCUCAAGAUACUAGUAAAAGCAGUACAGAUGAAACAACAUCAAAAAAAUUACAGUGGGAAUUUAAAUGGACACAAGAAAAUAGUGCUGAAAUUUCUGGACCGCAUUCAACUGAACAAAUGAAUAAAUGGUCUGCAGAAGGCUAUUUCAAAAAUGGUGUGUGGGUUAGGAAACACGGAGAAGAUUCUCAAUUUUAUAACUCCAAUAGAAUUGAUUUUGAACUAUAUAUGUAAUUAAUUAUAUUGCCCAGAACUCCAGAUUUGCAAAUAGUUGUAUAGAUUUUGUUACUUGAAGAACAAAAUUGUUCUGUUGUUUGUUAUUGUUUACUAACAAUAAAUAUAAUAAACAUUA